ACCCACCUUACCCUACAACAACUUCGGCCGGCCAUUUUAACUCAAGAACAGAAUCAAAUAAUAACUCAGUAAUUUCAUUUUUAUUUGAGUUAAAUCAGAGAGCUUGAUUUCUGCAAAACGAAGACAAACAAAGGCGAUUUCCUACAGAGGUUGUGUUACUAGGUUGUGUUACGAUGUUGAGACUCGCAUGUCGGAAGUUACGUGCUCAUAUGAAUAGCGGGGUUAAUAUCAGGCCUUUAUCACAGAUUAGUGGUUUUCACUCUUCUCAGACUUGUCUGGCACCAAGAAGCUUUUUCGGCGUAGAAGAUUUUCUUGACGACGACAAUAGUCGGCCAUACACUUAUCAAAAGGGAAAAAAAUCAAAGAAUCCAAACAAGCACGUCUCUUUCAAGCAAAGAACCGUGGCUUACAUGGAGCCAUUCACUCUCGAUGUUUUCAUUUCAAAGCGUUUUGUCUCUGCUUCGAUAACACACAGGGUAACUUGCAAGCAAGUUGCUGUUGCCGGUACUAACUCCAAAGAUAUCAAAGCUGCACUAAGAUCAAGAUCGGAUAUACCUGCUUGCUUGUCAGUGGGUCGGAUUUUAUCAGACAGAGCCAGAGAAGCCGAUGUUUAUACAGCUUCUUAUACUCCAAGAGAAAGGGAUAAGUUUGAAGGCAAAAUUAGAGCUGUUGUUCAGUCCCUUAUCGACAAUGGCAUUGAUAUCAAGAUUUAUCUUGAUUAAUAUAUUUUAUUUUAAAGUUUAUUUUUCUUCUCCACAAGGUUUGUUUUUGUUAAUUUAAGACAUAUUUCUUUGUUGCGUAAAUGGAGAUUCAAAUUCACUCCUACAAGUUUAAAUUUUGC